UCAACAAAACAGAAGAGAAGGAGCAAAGCGACAGUCAGUUACCACUCACAUAGUUCCCGCACUACCAACAACUGCCUUUAAAGGCAUCAUUCGAGUACAAAGCACCUACUACAAAGAUCAGCAGUCUCUCUGCGGAUUUAUGCGGCUAUUUUCGUCCCGACAGGGAGCCAAGGCUACGAUGCAGCAUCGAGGAAUGGUGAUUUGCACCAUUUGGACAACAGUCUUCUUGCUGGCUUCGGUCGUUUCUGGCAUUCCCGUCGAGGAAGGAUUCCUGCAGAUAAAUAAAGAGGUACCAAAUUCACCACAAGGAUCUUCGCCCGAGAGGGACGUGGAUGUUGAAGAGCUGCACAGCCUGGACUCGAGCAACAAGAAUUCCGAAAUUAUGAACCCGACUGAUUUCCCUGGCCAAGUGAAUCGUCAUGCGUCUCAGUUGAAAACGGCCGACGAAGAGAAGCGCUCGCCGGAUAGCAAGAGUGAUUUCGUCCUCAGUGAUUUCACUUCCAGCAGUGAUACCCCUCGUGAUAUGGCCGAGUACAUUUUCUGGACGGGAGACGAAACCAGCGUGACUAACGCCAUCAAAGAUUUUAUUAAUCAAGGACUGAUAAGUGUAGAAGAUGGCCAGGAAUUCAUGGAACAAGUGCGAUACGAUUUGCAGCGAAUCCAGUUUCGUUACGGCACCGACGACAAUAAGGCCACCAGCCCCGAAGUUUUGUCUGAAACUACCAAAUACCUGACCAAGGAAGACGAGGAGGAUACCGAGAGCCGCCAAUUAUCCGAGUUAGUGGCACCACCAGCAAAUAAGGUUGCAAAAAUCGACAAGCCGCACGAAGGAGAGAUCGUGGUGACCAGCUAUCGUCUAAACCCUAAAUCCGCAAUUGAGCCGGUUCAUCAAGUACCAACAACUGUUACCGUUCAAAAAGAUGAAGAGAGUAAUCAGCUAAAGGAUGAAAUCAAAAUGCGUGGAACAUUAGCUACCGGCGUCAAAGAAGAACAUUUGAACGAAGCGAAUAUUGUUGAUAUCCUGAGUAACGAGUAUUCCCUUGAAGAGAUUCUUUAUCAACUCGCUCGAAUUCUUUUUUCGCAGAGCCUUAGUCAAGCUGGUCACCCAGAAGCGGAAGAAGCACUCAAGAAAUUCGCUGAUUUCCUUGAAAAAGAAUCAAAGGAAGGAAAAAUGUCACCACAGCUGCAGAAAAAGGUUCUGGACGUCUUACUGAUGUCUCUCUUUGAUUCAAUGGCAGACCAUCAACACAUUCCCACUCAACCGCCGGUGAAACUUUCCACGAUGGAACACGUCCUAAUAGCUAAUAAGGACAAACAUUAGGCAGCAAUCAUCUCGGAUGACUACCAUACAUGUUAUCGAUUGAUUACUUUCUCUAUAUACUAUUGUACACAUUCCAAAAUUUAAAGUAUAGAAAUGCCCACUGCUUAAAAGUUAAAACACCGGGCAACUCAAAAAUAUUUAUCCCUUCUAUACCCUAGCUUCAUGUUGUUCGAUUCAAAAUCUUUAUAUAAUCGGGACAAAUCGAAUACACAACGGCCAUCUUCUCCGCGAAUUCCGAUGUGCUACACUGACGUGCGCUUGAAUUUUGAGCAUUAAAACUUUUUUGUUUAAUUAAUUUUCUUUUUGACACGAGGUCUGAGUCGGACAAAUUCAAUGCAAGGACAUGGAGAGACAUAGACUCAGUAGUAAGACAAAGAACAAGGUUAUCGAUAUUUAGUUGACAGCAUUUCGUUAUAUUAGGUUAUACGCUCUUGACACUGUCCAGAUUGAAAAACAUGGAAUAUUUUCGUAAGUGAUGUGGGUUCCAAGUAAACAUGGCUACCGUUGAGCCAGUGACCGACUGCUUUGCAUUUUAAAACUAAAACAACACCUUGAAAAAUGAGCUAUCACGUGGAUUGAUGAGAAAUAACCGCAGAGCCUUUUCACUAAUCGAGGACAUCUUGAUUAAUUUAAAUUUUACUUCAGCUCCACGUGAUUUAAGACAACUUUAAUACAUAGUAAAUUACUUCUUUACAAGACAUUUACAGCCCAUUAGAAAUUGAUAUCAAAACUAAAAUUUACUUGACAAUCUUCCAAUUUAUUUCACGUUGUACAAGGUAAUUCAGAAAGAUAAAAUCAUUUCACAUUGGGCUGACAUGCACGUUGAAAGAACCCCACAUAAGUUUGAGGAAGCCCCAUUUCAUGUUCACCGCAAGACACAAAAAUCACAAUUCCCUCGUUCACUGAACACAUUUUGUAAAAUUAACUACACCACUGGCUU